AUGAGACUGCUUCUGUAUUAUUUGACACUGCUGGGGUCCAGUUAUGUGAUUUCAACGUACGGACCCCACCAGAGAGCACAGAUGACUGGUGAUAUUUUACUUGGAGGUCUUUUCCCCUUACACUUCGGCAUUGCAUCCAAAGAUCAAGACCUUGCAGCCCGGCCAGAAUCCACCCAGUGUGUCAGGUUCAAUUUCCGUGGUUUUCGUUGGCUCCAGGCCAUGAUUUUUGCGAUUGAAGAGAUUAACAACAGCAGUACGCUCCUUCCCAACAUCACGCUGGGCUACAGGAUUUUUGACACUUGCAACACUGUGUCAAAAGCCUUGGAAGCCACCCUAAGUUUUGUGGCCCAAAAUAAGAUCGACUCUUUAAAUUUAGAUGAGUUUUGCAACUGUACUGAUCACAUACCAUCAACCAUUGCAGUAGUAGGAGCUGCUGGAUCUGCUGUCUCCACAGCAGUUGCAAACUUGCUGGGUCUAUUUUAUAUCCCUCAGAUCAGUUAUGCCUCGUCUAGCCGCCUACUGAGCAACAAGAAUCAGUACAAGUCCUUCAUGAGAACCAUUCCUACAGAUGAGUACCAGGCCACAGCCAUGGCAGACAUUAUUGAGUACUUUCAGUGGAACUGGGUCAUUGCUGUGGCCUCCGAUGAUGAGUAUGGGCGUCCAGGGAUUGAAAAGUUUGAGAAGGAGAUGGAAGAGCGAGACAUCUGCAUUCAUCUAAAUGAACUUAUUUCUCAGUACUUUGAGGAUCACGAAAUCAAAGCUCUGGUUGACAGGAUUGAGAAUUCCACAGCUAAAGUAAUCGUUGUGUUUGCCAGUGGCCCAGAUGUCGAACCUCUAAUCAAAGAGAUGGUUAGGAGAAACAUCACAGAUCGGAUCUGGUUAGCCAGUGAAGCUUGGGCAAUCUCCUCCCUUGUUGCUAAACCAGAAUAUCUUGAUGUUAUGGCAGGGACUAUUGGUUUUGCUCUAAAGGCAGGUCGUAUACCUGGCUUUAGAGAGUUCUUACAGCACGUCCAACCAAAGAAAGACAGUCAUAAUGAAUUUGUCAGAGAGUUUUGGGAAGAAACCUUCAACUGCUAUCUAGAAGAUAGCCCAAGAUUCCAAGAAAGUGAGAAUGGCAGCACUAGUUUCAGGCCUUUGUGUAGUGGUGAGGAGGACAUCGCAAGUGUUGAAACACCAUACCUGGACUACAAACACCUUCGUAUCUCCUAUAACGUUUAUGUUGCAGUUUAUUCCAUUGCACAGGCGCUACAGGACAUACUCACAUGCACACCUGGACGUGGACUUUUUGCAAACAAUUCCUGCGCAGAUAUAAAAAAAAUGGAAGCAUGGCAGGUCCUUAAGCAGCUUAGGCAUUUGAACUACACCAACAGCAUGGGAGAAAAGAUGCGCUUUGACGAGAACUCAGAUAUGGAAGCAAAUUACACCAUUAUAAACUGGCACAGGUCUACUGAAGAUGGCUCUGUGGUUUUUGAGGAGGUUGGAUAUUACAACAUGCAUGCCAAGAGAGGAGCCAAGCUGUUCAUUGACAGGACAAAAAUUCUUUGGAAUGGCUAUAGCACAGAGGUGCCAUUCUCUAACUGCAGUGAGGACUGUGAACCUGGCACAAGAAAGGGGAUCAUAGACAGCAUGCCUACUUGCUGCUUUGAAUGCACAGAGUGUUCUGAUGGUGAAUACAGUAAUCAUAAAGAUGCCAGUGUUUGCGCCAAGUGUCCAAAUAACUCCUGGUCAAACGGGAACCACACAUUCUGUUUCCUCAAGGAAGUCGAGUUUCUCUCCUGGACAGAACCAUUUGGGAUAGCUCUGGCUAUAUGUGCAGUACUGGGUGUCGUCUUAACAGCCUUCGUGAUUGGAGUCUUUGUCAGAUUUCGCAACACCCCAAUUGUGAAGGCCACAAACCGAGAACUGUCGUAUGUGCUCCUUUUCUCACUUAUCUGUUGCUUCUCCAGCUCUCUCAUCUUUAUUGGAGAGCCACAAGACUGGACAUGCCGUUUACGCCAACCUGCCUUUGGGGUCAGUUUUGUUCUCUGCAUCUCCUGCAUCCUUGUCAAAACUAACAGAGUCCUUUUGGUAUUUGAGGCCAAGAUUCCUACGAGUCUCCAUCGUAAAUGGUGGGGAUUGAAUCUGCAGUUUCUCCUGGUGUUUCUGUGCACAUUUGUCCAAGUCAUGAUAUGUGUGGUCUGGCUUUACAACGCCCCUCCUUCUAGCUACCAAAAUCAUGACAUCGAUGAGAUCAUUUUUAUCACAUGCAAUGAGGGCUCUGUGAUGGCUCUUGGGUUUUUAAUUGGCUACACGUGCAUAUUGGCAGCCAUAUGUUUCUUCUUUGCAUUUAAGUCACGGAAACUUCCAGAAAACUUUACAGAGGCCAAGUUCAUUACUUUUAGCAUGCUCAUAUUCUUUAUUGUUUGGAUCUCUUUUAUUCCUGCAUACUUCAGUACUUACGGCAAGUUUGUUUCAGCUGUGGAGGUCAUUGCUAUCCUGGCAUCUAGCUUUGGGAUGCUAGCCUGUAUCUUCUUCAACAAGGUCUACAUCAUCCUCUUCAAACCCUCCAGGAACACGAUUGAGGAAGUCAGAUGCAGCACUGCAGCCCAUGCUUUCAAAGUGGCUGCCAAAGCUACAUUAAAACACAGCACAACUUCAAGAAAAAAGUCCGGCAGCCUCGGUGGGUCUUCUGCCUCAACUCCUUCCUCAUCCAUCAGCGUCAAGACCAAUGGCAAUGACUACGACACUGCUUCAGGAAAGCACAGGCCAAGGGUGAGCUUUGGGAGUGGAACGGUUACUUUGUCCUUGAGUUUCGAGGAGUCCAGGAGGAGUUCUCUGAUGUGA